GACGCCAGCUCACCCGACGAGCUCGUCGCCUUCCUGCGCGGCCAGAUCACCGACCUCACCGGCCAGGUCACGAGCCUCAACUCGAAGCUCGUAAAGAGCUACACGACCCGCGGCGAGCUCGAGGACGACCUGCACGACAACGAGGAGGCCGUGCGCGGCUUGCGCCAACGCAACCACGUCCAGGGCGAGAUGCAGCGCCUCAUGACCAAGGUCAUGGAGGAGACCAAGAACCGCGAGACGGCCGUCCAGGCCCAGACGGCGCUCGAAACCGAGAUCGAGAGCCUCACGAGCAACCUGUUCACCGAGGCCAACAAGAUGGUCGCGUUCGAGCGCGUCGCGCGGGCCCGCGCCGAGGAGAAGAUGCGCUCGUUCGAGGAGGCC